AUGGACGGGUUCGGGUCGAACCAAAGAACACUUGCCGUUGAUCAAUGGAUAGAGAUCGUUAAUGGUAAAGGUUACGGUGCUCGUGGAGCAACCCAAACCCACUCGACUCGAUACGGUUCCUCCGAUUUUCAACCGUCGAUUCCGCCUCCUCCAGGAGCAGCUACAACGAAUGCUCAGUGGAGAUUCAUGGAUUCCGAAUCCAAAAGGAAGAAGAGAAUCGCGACUUACAAGGCUUACGAGAUUGAAGGAAAAGUUAAAUCGACGGUUAAGAAAGGGUUUCGCUGGAUGAAGAACACGUGCUCUCAGAUUAUACACGGAUAA